AUGAAGACCACGAACAGACCCGAUGAGUGGAAGAUUGAGCAAGGCCUUUCUGGUGCUGAACUCCCUGUUCUUGACAUGACGGAAUCCGUGACCAGAGUCCUCCUCCCUCAAAUCUUCGGUGAUCUCACAAAAGAUGAGGCUGCUAUUCAGAGCGUUGGUGACUGCAACAAGCUCUUCGCGGAGGAGCGUGAGGGUUGGACUGGCUUCGUCGAGUGGGAGAAUCAUCCAGAAAAGAAGGCUGCAGCACACAAGAUCUUGACGUCCCAGACCUUCCCUCCCAACCCAGAAUUUCAGCUCGGUCCUAUCCCAGCCACCAACCCUGUCCUUCCUGGCACCCAUUGGAAGAUGUGGCACAAGGCAGUCGGCGGCGCCCUUUCCCGGAUUCCCGAUGACUCUUGGGACACCGUACUGAAGGAGAAACACGCGGAUAUGCUCCAUCUUCUUCAGUUCCCUUACAACGGCGAGCCUCCUAAGCGUCUGGUGACUGCCAAAGAAAUCACCCCCAAUCCCCUGCACUUCGUUCGAAAUCACGGUGGUAUUCCGAUCAUUGAGAAAGAACAUUACAGCUUCCUACUGGACGGUUUGGUCAAGAACCCGAGAUCAUUCACCUUGGACGACCUCAUGGACGAGUCCGAAUUUCCUCGGAUGGAGAAGACCAUCACGAUGCAGUGCUCCGGGACCCGCCGGAUUGAACAGAUCCUCAAGUAUCCCGGCCAGGGUGACGAAGUUCCUCAGGCUCCAUGGGCUGAGGGUGCUAUUGGUACCGCAAAGUAUGUUGGUAUUAGUCUCAAGAAGGUCAUCAAAGCCUGCGGUGGUUUGAUCGAGGGCGCCAAACAUUUGGAGUUUUACGGGGCCGAUACCUACUUCAAGGACGACAAGACCAUGAACUACCUCGUUAGUGUUCCAUGGUCCAAGGUCAAGGCUAAUGAAGUCAUGCUGGCCUGGGAAAUGAAUGGCGAAGUCCUCCCCCGGAUCCACGGAUACCCCCUCCGCAUCGUCGUGUUCGGGUACAUCGGCGCCCGAAGCGUCAAAUGGCUUUAUCGUAUCAAAGCCAUUCAAAACCCUUCUCGCGCACCGGUGCAAAGCCAGGAGUACCUCUACUUCCCCCAGCAGGUUGGCAAGCAUAACUUCAAGCUCACCGAUGGCAUUCAAAUCCAAGAGAUGCCAGUCAGUUCCGCCAUCAUGUCGCCAUGGACCAAGCAGGUCGUUAUCCACAACGGCAAGAUUCGUUGCAAGGGAUGGGCCUACUCUGGUGGCGGUCGCUGGCCGGAACGAGUUGAACUAUCAUCCGACGGCGGUUUCAACUGGUACACAGUGCCGGUCGAGAACCUCUCAAGGAAGCGCAAGUGGACCUGGAGAACCUGGGAGAUGGAUCUCCCUUGCGAUGCUGAGGGCUGGGUUGAGAUUGUCUGCCGCUGCUGGGACAAUUCUCUUAACACCCAGCCUCCCGAUGUGCGGACCGCAUGGAACUGGGGCCUGCACGUCACCAGCUCUUGUCACAGGAUCUCGGUCUACAGUGUGAACAGCACGCGACCGAAGACCAAGGCUCGCCUCCAAGAGUUUGCAGACAAGGGGAUCCCUUUCGCCCCAAUUACCGUCCCGCUUGCCUUCCCAUCUCAGACAUGGGAUGAUUACGAGAAAUAUUGGGAGAGCUAUGAUCCGCGAGAUGCCGAGGAUGAGUAA